AUCGAGGUCGAUCAUCCGACUUUAUGUGGGCUAUAUUUGACAGUGCCAUAAUUCCCUCACAUGCAGACUUCUAUAUAUACCCGUACGGUAUUCUGCAGCGGGGACAACAACAGGCCUUUGUCCUCUCCAUCCAAUAUCCACUCGAUUCCCAAACAUGGCGUCCAAGCGACUAGAAACCGCAAAAGUGUUCGUCAACCACUUUGCCACGCUCGACAGAGAGGCUCUGGAGUCAGUUCUUGCCGAAAACUCCCUCUAUCAAUUCGCGCCGGCUGCCUUGAACCUCUUUGGUCCAUUGGAUCGACAAGGAAUGCUAGACCACAAUACCACCUUACGCAACAUCUUCAACGGGUUCGCCGUGAUCCCAAAGGAGUACAUCGAUAGCGAAAUCGAUAACAAAGUUGUCGUCUGGGCAACGAGUCGCACCGACUUUCGAGAUGAUGCAAAGGACGAUGGCCUCCGCGCUGAAGAUUGGGUGUAUGAAGGGGAGUACGUCUUCAUUCUGAGCAUGGAUGAAGCCGGGGAGCGGAUUACGCGAGUGAUUGAGUUCCUUGAUAGUAAGAAGACCGCUGAGAAGCUGGUGGGCUUGAUGGCGAGAGCAAAGCAGAACCGCGCAAAACGGCUUGGAUAGGGGAAGCGAUACUGCCCGGGGGAUAUGUAUGACUAGAAAUUCCUGUUGUAGAUCUCCCCGGAAGAGACCCAAUCCGUAUCACGAUUAGUAACUGUUGACGGCGUUAUUUACAAUACAAUGUAUACCAAGCCGGUGACGAUAUAUCAACGCUAUUCAUUAGCUUUAUUAUCAA